AUGGCUGCUUCACAUCACAACAUCCCAUCUCCGCCGCCUCCGGCGUUUAAUGCCAGUACUGGGUUCAUGCCCACGCGCCGCCGCAAGAUGAUGAUGCACAUGACCUUCUUCUGGGGCCACAGCGCCGAGGUUCUCUUCUCAGGUUGGCCCGGCCGCGACAACCCGGUCAUGUACGCCCUCUCGCUGCUCUGCGUCUUCGUUCUCGCCGUCCUCGUCGAGCUGCUUUCCCACUGCAGCUUCUUCAAGCCCGGCGCGAACGGCGUCGCGGUGGGGUUUCUGCAGACUGGUCUCUACACGCUGCGCUCCGGGCUGUCGUAUUUGGUGAUGCUCGCCGUCAUGUCGUUUAAUGGCGGCGUUUUCCUCGCCGUGGUGGCGGGGCAUGCGGUCGGGUUUUUGCUUUUCGGGAGCCGGGCUUUUAAGAAGUCGUACGGGUCGGGUAUUGAUAGACAGGCGAGUCUUCCUCCCAUGACGUGCGGAUAA